GACAGCAUAGCACGACAGUAUAGAGUAAACGAGCAGAUUCGGUCGCCCCGUGUUCGCAUCAUCGGUGAGGACGGAGAGCAGCUUGGCGUACUGACGCUGGAUCAAGCCCUGCAAAUGGCCAGGCAAAGCAGCGUCGACUUGGUGGAGGUAGCUCCCAACGCGGAUCCACCGGUUUGUCGCCUCUUGGAUUAUGGAAAACUGCGCUACUUGUACUCCAAGAAGGAACGAGAAUCCAAGAAAGGCCAGAAGAAUACCGAACUGAAGGAAAUCCGCUUCCGUCCCAAUAUCGGCACCCACGACCUGGAAGCCAAGCUCCGCAAGGUAAGGGAGUUCAUUGACGACGGGUCAAAGGUAAAGCUGACCGUGCGGUUCCGGGGUCGGGAAGCAGUACACCAGCAGCUGGGGUUGUCUGUGCUCAAGAGAAUUGCCGACGAUAUGAAGGAAGAAGUGCGGCUGGAAAAGGCCCCGUCUGCGGAAGGGCGGACCUUGUACAUGAUUUUGAUUCCCAGCGCCCCCAAGGGCGAAAAAACCGAGAAAAAGGCGGAAGACCUAGCCAAUGCCGAAGCUUAA